CGAGCGUUGUGUGAGGAUGAGCCACUGCUGGUUGUCCCUGCUGCUUCUUCUCCAUCCUCCUCUGCGCGCUCCGAUCGGCGAGCUGUGGAAUAGGCGUGUUUCUGUUCCUCUAACGCAGAAAAACACAGAGAAGAAAGCCUAACUUCAAGACUGACUGGUGCCAGUUUAUCACACUGUCCUCUUCUACAGAAAGACAUGGAGCACAAUUUUCUUAUUGGACUGUGGUGAGACCGGUGCAGCCCUGUCACGCCCACAGCGCCCCCUUUCGGCCCGGACGGCCCACCACGCCCCGGCGCCUAUGAAAGGGUACCAUGUCAGCCGUAGCAUGUCUCAACAUUCCUCUGGUGGUAGCGGAGGAGGCCCCUGCCACUGUACUCCGGAUGACUGUGACGGCCGAGACUACUAUCACGGUCGCGGCGAUGGGCACUAUUACUCGGGUGGUCCAACUGAGGCUUUGGCACUGGAAAGGCAUCACUCUCAUCCUCAUUCACACUCGCAGUCCUAUAGCCACUCUGGCACCUUUCCCCGCUCCCACCCCAGCCAGCACCCUCCUCUCCAGUCCUUUGACUCUUGCGAGGAGUGUGUGUCUUCAGGCCAUGGAGGGAAGAUGCAUCGUAUUCCUCCAAACCUUAUGGACCAGUUUGAGAAGCAGGUUCCCUUCCAUCCAGAUGGCUUUCACACCCUACAGUACCAACGCACUACGAGUGGAGGUGCUGAGCAGCGUAGCGAGAGCCCCUCGCGUAUCCGCCACUUGGUCAACUCUGUGCAGCGCCUCUUCGCCAAGUCCCAUUCCCUCGAAGCACCCACCAAAAGGGAGUACAAUGGCACGAGGGGAGGUGGAGAGUACCGAGGUGAGAGAGGGGGAGGGCACAGAAGCGGAGGGGAGGAAGUCCACUACUCAGGCCACCAGUCUCGCUCAACCAGGAGAAGCAAGUCUCGAGAGCGUAGCAAGAGUGGAGACUCUCGGCACGAGUCGGGACGACGUCACCGCAGCAGGACGGCUGGCUGGUGGAGCUCUGAUGACAACCUUGACAGCGACAGCAGUUUCUUGGUCAGUGGGGGCAGACGGGGUUAUCCCACUGGACACGAGAGCCUUGAUGCUGCCAUUCAAGAGCUCACCAGGAAGAAACCUAAGGAGCGCGGUGGAGGACCCGGGUCUGGCGAGUGCAUGGCAUGCACCACAAUGGCUCUGGCCAGUGGUGAGGGUGCCGGGCACCAUGGGCACCACGGUCACUCCCUGAAGCAGAGCACCUGGUCAGCCAUGACAGUGAGUCAGGCCAGAGAGGUCUAUCCUUCUACCAGGGGAGGAGGUUAUGAUAAAGCACUGGUGCCCAUCGAGAACAAGCUGAAGGAGAGAUCAUUCCACUAUCUGCAGGUCCCUUCAGAAGACUGGGGAGGCGGGUAUGGGGGAUCAGCAGACAGUGGAGGCGAGAUUCCCUGCCGUCGAAUGCGCAGCGGCAGCUACAUCAAGGCCAUGGGUGACGAUGACAGCGCAGAUUCGGAGACAAGCCCUAAAGCCUCACCCAAAUCUACCCUGAUCGCCCAAAGGGAUGCCUUCAGACGGUCUAUAAGCAUGGAUCACAGAUACUCCUGCAAGCAGUGCACAGAUUCCUACCCAAACAGCAAAACAACACCUAAAACCCACACUCGCUCUCGCAGUUACACACGCUCUCUGACCAGCUCACAGCUGGGAGACACAUUGAACCAUCAGUUUGAGACGGUUUGUGAAACCAUGUUUGGGGAGGUGGAGUCCCAGGCUGUUGAGGCUCUGGAUCUUCCCGGCGUGUUCCGCACUCGCAGCCACAGCUACGUGCGUGCCAUCCAGGCGGGCUGCUCCCAGGACGACGACUGCCUCUCGGUCUUCUCCAUGUCUGGCCCCCAAGGGAACAUCAAGGGCGGGGUUGUCUGUCCCUUAUUCUUUCCUUAUCGUAAAGGUGCUCCUCCCCCACUACCACCUCGCAUGUCAAAGUCUUCUCUAUCUGUGCGAGCCCAGAGCAGUACUGAGUCCACCCAGGAUGCCUACUUCCAGAGCGGCGGACAAAUGGCUCCAGGCUCUGGCCCAGCGCGCUCCAAGCAGCACAGCAACUCUGUAGACCUUGGUAGCUCUGAAGGGCCCUCAGGUCGCACCUCUAGGGGGGGCUACUACACAUCCAGUGGCCCCAGUCGUUCCCGUCAGUACAGUAACUCUGCAGAGAGCCUAGAUGGAGUCAGGGGUUCCAGGGAGCUGGUGCCCUAUGGAGGGGGUCCGGCAGUGGGAGUGAGGGCCAAACAUAGCUGCUCAGCAGACAACCUGCUGGAGGGGCCGACAAGGCCAGCAAGGGAAAGGGACAGCAGGUUUGGCGGCAGCUUGGGAAAGUCGUCCUCCCUUCCUCAGAACAACAUAAUACUGAGUAAAGUCGGAGGGCAGGAUGAUGGGCGUGGAGGCAGGAAGUGGAGGCCAUCCAUAGCAGUGCAGGUGGACAGUUCGGAGACUCUGUCAGAUUCAGACACAGAGGGAAAGGCUCUCACCGAGGUGCACUCUAUAGGAGUCCAAGUGGAAGAUGAGAAAAGGCGGGCCCGAUUUAAGCGCUCCAACAGCGUGACGGCGAGCGUGCAGGCCGACCUGGACCCCGAGGGCUUGCCAGGACUUAGCGUUGCUGUGCCAACACAGGACAAGAGUCUUCAGUUUGGAUGCUCCUUCCAGAGGCACUCAUCAGAGCCAGAGUCUGCAUCACAGUACACAGAGUGCCACCGCACGGUCCACACACAGGGCCAGUGGGGUUACAGAGAGGACCUUUUCCAGGGGAACUACGCCAAUGAAGCCUGCCAAGUAGACCCAAGGCCCCACCAGCACCCACAUUUGCCUCCCCGCUCCCACUCCCCUCUGCCCAUUACCUCAGAGCGAGCCUGGACAGCGACACCGUCCUUGGAGGGCCCACGCAGCCUCCCCGAUUCAGGCCGAGCCUCGCCCUGCAUGAGGGAUGGAGAGUUCUUCCUACGCCUCCUGCAGACGGAGGUGGAGAGGAUGGAGGGCUGGUGCCAGAAUAUGGAGAGGGAGGCUGAGGAAAAUGAACUUCCAGAGGAGGCUCUUGAGCUCAUUCGAAAUGCAGUUGGCAGUGCCCAGAUGCUCAUGUCUCAAAAGGUCCAGCAGUUCUUCCGCCUCUGUCAGCAAAGUAUUGACCCAUCUGCCUACCCCCAGCCCACAUCGCAGGACCUGGCGUCCUUCUGGGACCUGCUUCAGCUCAACAUAGAGGACGUACGGGUUAGGUUUCAGGAUCUCCAGAAGCUCAAGGACUCUGGGUGGAGGCUCCCACCUGAAAAGAAGGAGGAUAAGAAACUUCCUCCACCCUUACCAAAGAAGCCAGCGGGCGGGGUGAGUGGCAGCCUCCGGGCCGAUAGCGUGGGAGACGGGGUUUCCGGGAGUGCAGGAGGUGGCUCAGGGGGGCUGGUGGUGCCCCGCGUUGGAGGUCACACCCUCCCCAUCAGGGAUAAAUCCCUGGACCUCGGAGACCGUCAGAGGACAGAGGCACGAAGGAGGCUGCUGCAGACCAAGCGUACCGCCUCCUUCAGGCAGAACUCGGCCACUGAGAGCGCCGACAGUAUCGAGAUCUACAUCCCUGAAGCUCAGACUCGACUUUGAACCCACAGCAUCCUCACUUCCCCUCAUCCCUGUAAUGUUUUGGAUUUUCUGCGAGUCAUUGCUGUUUAUAUGCUACAACACACCCACCCCCCCUUAGCACUUUCAAGUUCUGUCAUCUUACAUUACUUCUAAACAAGCAAUGACAGCCAUUUUAGUGUCUUGAAAUUUAAACCAUUUUGCCGAGACAGAGGCCUAGACCCUAACUGGUAUCUAGCUGUAGAUGUUUUACUCCCUUCUUAAUCUGAAUUUCACUUUUUAUAGUCACUCUUGCUGAGACGAGUCAGAUCACUUUUGUUAAAGUAGUGAGCAGAGGUUCACGCAGUAGCAUGCCUGUGCGUGUACACUUGGUACAAAAAGGGCUUAACAGGCAGUAGACCUCUGAAGAAAUUCUCCCAGUGAUUCCAUUCGCAGCAAAAUCAACUUUACUUAUGGGCUUUCACUGAUAACAGUAUGACUGAGUCAAGAUCUAUUGAUUUCUGAGCAUUCUCAGUUGGCCCAAACAGCAUCCAUCAAAAAACAAUAUCAUACACAGAAUCCUUAGUCGCACUUUCCAUCUGCCCACAGAAGCACCAAGUCGUAGAAUAUGGAACCAUUUUACAUAUCACUCCGUUAAUACUUUCGACCCAUCUGUCCAUCGACUACUCUCAGCAUCCAGCAGUGAGGCUCUCUGAGUGUGCAAUACCUGAGUGUGUUUGCCAAAAGGAGCUCUUUCAGUGUAGCAUCACAGACAAAACAUGAGAGAGAGAGAAAUCAAGCUCCUUGUGUAGUCUCUGCAGUUUCAAGUACUCAAAAGAAGAGGAUUUUGGGAGAGUUUGUAGGGGGAGUUAUUUCAGUGGGUUUUCUGGACUUACUUGAAGAAGCCCCCUCUUUUUCAUUGUGAGAGUAGGGCGCCGCCAAGUGGUCACAUGAGAACCCCGUUUUAACAGCAAUGGUCUUCAGAGUUUCAAUAUAUCUCAUUCAGGAAUAAGCAAAUACCCUGGUGAAACAGCCAUGAAAGAGGUCAGAACUGCUUUUUUCUCCUGUGAGACCCUUUCUUUCAUUUGAAUAUUGCUUGGGCAGACUUUACUGUCGUGACUAUUUAUAACUGACAAUGGGGUUUUAAGUAAAAGAAAAGCCGCUUGAAUUUUCAGCAGGGUUUUAUCACCAAACCUUAUUUUGUUUUCCUUACAGCAUUGAUUAAAAAAAGGAGUCAUUUUGUUUGCCAACAGAUAAAAAAGAGCCUAACUCACCUUAAAAUAUCCUUCCAAAGAAUCACUACAUCCAAUCAGAUUAGGAUAAUUCACACAAAGAUGUGAUAUUUUAUAAUUGUGCUGGGAAUGUGGAAUAUGUGAUACAUGUGGAGCUACAGUGCCUUGCAGACAUAUUCAUAUCUGUUGCACUUCACCUUUUUUUUAAGCUACAACCACAAACUUUACAUGAUGAUCAUCCUCCCAGCAGUUCUAACCAGCUAACCCAUCCCUGCUGUAGAAAAGCAUCCCCACAGCAUCAUGCUGCCACCAUAGUGUUUGUUAGUUUCUCCCACCUGAGUUGUUUAUCUGUACAGCUCUUCUAGAGUUGCCAUGGGCCUUUUGGCUGCCUUUUGGAUUAAUGUUCUCCUUGCGAGGCCUGUUAUUUUAGGAUCAUAAGAGGUUUCCAUUUGUGUAAUAUUUAAAAAGCACUUUAAUUCAUCAUGUGAAAAUUAACAAAGCUACGGUUAUUGAUUUAUAAUAUCACUCCACAUUAAACUUCUCAACAACUUCUUUUUCUGACCCGUCUGGUGGCUUUGGUCUUCAAGAUGCUGUACUUAUACUGAGAUUAAAUUAUACACACCAGUGGAUGCUAUUGACGUAUUAUGUGACUUCUGGGGUAUCACAGUAAAGGGGGCUGGAUACAAAUGCAGACCACACUUUUCAAAGGUUUAUUGGAAAAAAAAAAUUUUAAAACUACAUCCUUUUACUUCCACUUUCUGAUUAUGUGCACAACGACAACAUAAAAUGCUGAUAUACAGUAACACACCGAGGUUUGCGGUUGUAACAUGACAAGAUGUGUUCCAGGGGUAUGAAUGGCUUUGCAAGGCUCUGUAUGUUUGUUUUCCUUUUCCUUAGUUUAUCUCCUUAGGCCACUCUAAAUGGACCACGAGGUAAACUUUUUUUUGAAGGAUUCUUAUCUACUAAGUUAAUCCAAAACAGAUCAUUCUUGUAUUGGUAUUUUAUAUGACUGCUGUGCUCUGGCUCAUAUUUUAAUGCGCUUGAAUCACUGAAUAUGAAAAACUGUGUGAAUUACAGUUAAAACUAAAGAGUCCAAAUAUAUGGAAUAGAAAAUGUGACAAAAUCUGAGGGUUUUUAAGCAUGAAGUGUGUGUUUUUUUGUUUUUUUUUAGGUUGGAUUAUGUUGGCAAAACGGGAUAUUUUACUGGAAAAUGUAUAUUUUAUAAUAUAAACUACAUUUCUAGAUUAGUAGAGAUUAUUGAGUACAAAACAUGUACAAACAUCAUAUAUAAUUGUGCAGUAUUAUUAUGAUAGAUCAUAGCAUUGUGUUGAACUACAGCUGUGUGGCAUAUCUGGACACAGUCCACGUGAAGAAGACUUUAAAGUGACUUUUAUUAUCUUGAAAUUGAGAGUCAGGUUCACAGGGUAUCACUGGCAAGAAUGUUGAUUGCCAAGUAUGACCCUUCUUUAGGCCUACUUAAAUAUCUGUCUGUGGUUCUCACAACAUGUACUGUUGUUCCCCUUUUCCUCCCCGUAUCUCCUGUUUAGAACCAACUACAUGUGCCUGACCAGCUAUGUGUGGAGGUUUCUUUUGAACGCAGUUUACACUUUGAAUAUAUACAUAUAUAUAUAUAUAUAUAUAUAGAGAGA